AUGAAGCGCGAACGGCGAGAGAGCGAGGGAGACCGCGCGAACGAGGAGGGACAGGCCGCCGAGGGAACGACUUACGUCCUCUAUACAUUCUUCGGCUCCGUUUUCCGACUCAAGGACGAAGGAGAGCUCGCGCGAGAAGGCGAGCAAGCGUUUCGAGUGACAGGUCCCGUUCUUGUGCCUUCGGCCUCUUCGCCGUUUUCUUUCAAUGCCGAGCAGGGCCGUUUGUGCUUCACGGGCGCGCUCUUGGUUCCGCUGAGCCUGACAGGGAAGGCGAAGCGGAGCAAACAAAGUGCAAGGAAGGGCAGCGACGCCGCCCUCCCGCCUCCGCCGCGGGUGCUUCUGAGCGUCCGCACUCUCCGCAGAGGGACAGCGACGCCGCUCAUGAUCCUUGAUGAAAACUGCAUGCAAGGCAGAUGCAAGAUUUUGUUCGAGGAAGACGCACAAUUUUCGCUGACGGUCCUGCCGCCUUCCGCCGAGAGCAGCGCGACGGCCUGGGGCGUCCAGCUCCUCGGCGACAAUGCGCCUCACCCCUGUUCGUGCUGUGACAUGAGCGGCGACGAGGAAGAGGAGGAAGAAGCCGAGGGAAAGAAGCGAAAGAGGCACGCGGACGACGCCGCGUCAGCGAGCAGUGACGAGGAGGCGCCAGAGCUGGUGCCCGCGGCCGCCACUUCGAAGGGCGCGCCUCUCCUGGUCGCCAAGCCGUCCGGCUCAGUCGCUGCGCAGCCUUCGCUGGCUGCGCAGCUGUCGCCCUCUGGACGGAAGAAGCGGAAGCUCGGCGCAGAGGAGAAGGCGAAGCCGGCCGCGAAUAAGGCCGCCCAGGCGCCGAGCGGGAAGGAGCAGCAGAAGCAGGCGAAGCCGAGCGAGGCGCAGAAGGCCAGGCAGCAGCACCAGCAGGCAGCUGCCGUGGCGCCGAAAGCCGUAACGCAGAAGCCCGCGGGCGCGCCAGGCGCCGUGAGCGUCGGCAGCCGUGUCGCGCUGCCUUCGGGUGUGUCCUACGAAGUCACUGGGCUCCCGUCGAAGAGUGCGGGCGGCAAGGAGACAGCUAGCCACGGCGACCGCGUGUCGGUGCAGUACAAGGGCCUGCUGGCCAAGUCGCUCCGGCGCUUCGACAGCGGCCGCAUCAAGUUCGUCCUCGGCAGAGGCGAAGUGAUCAAGGGCAUGGAGCUGGGCGUGAAGGGCAUGCGCCUGGGCGAGUCCCGACGCAUCCUCAUCCCCAGCGCACUCGGGUACGGAAAGCGCGGCGCGCCUCCGACCAUUCCCCCCCACAGCGAUCUCAUCUUCGAAGUCCGCCUCAUGACUCUAGGCUGA